AACCUAUGACGCUCUCUUUCCUUCCGCUAUAAUGGCAUUUUAAUGUACACCUUGGACUUUUCGUUUGCUCGUGGUUUGUUUGCUUUUAUUCGAUUUCGGCCAUCGCUUCGGUCAGGAAGUGCAUUAGAAUCAGUUUUUUCCUUUUAAGGUUUCUGCGAUAUUGUGAACAAAUAUCAUCUAUAUUUUAAAAUUGGAAGAUGCACGUACUUCUUUUGCUAUUCUUUGUGGACAUGACAUCUUAUUCUUAGGACAAAAACACCCAAGGAGUUUGUUGGACGUGUCUAGAUGAAUGCACCGUCGGGUUGAAAUUUCAGGGAGAAAAAAAUCCAAAAUGAUUAGCUGUCACAAGGAGUCCAGUAAUGGACACCAAACAGUCAAUGACAUUAGGACAGCACCCAAAGACUGCGUGAAAGAUGAUUUGACCCAACAUGAGAAGGAUCACCUUAUGAAUCGUCUCUGCCCUUGUGGUAGUCAAGGUAGUCAAGGGACGCCAGCUUGUGAGGAGAACAAUGGCUGCUGCUCUUCAUCUUCCACCAGCGAACGUACGGACAGCCUGCUCAUACCACAACAGACGAUCCUUCUGCCAAAGUUCUCGUCUCUUCAGCAUCACAUCCGUGUUCUAUACGCUGUGAUGACUUGCCUUACGUUUAUGCUCGUUUCUUCCAUUGUAAUUUUCUACCUCGAAAUAAGCGCACUCAGGGAAGAACUGACUCACAAAGUGACCAUCAAAGAAAUGGUUGAGCUCUAUCUUCCAGAGCGGGGAAUCUCAAACAGCGAACUUCUGAUGCCUUAUAUCUCUCAAGACCAGGAGCUACACCUCGGGGCGUUCUUGGAAGAGGAAGACCACCCGAGUUAUGGGCAAGAGAACGUCAGGACAAAGAGGCAUGCUUAUGGAGAAGAAGGAUCGGGAGCGGCGGAUGACUGGACGUGGAUGAGCUCUUUCGCACGUGUGCCGCGCUCUCCCGAGGAAAGGCUGACACCAUAUCCAUCAGUAAAACUGAUCGUAGCCCUGAAGAGUUAUUGUAAGGAAGCGAGGCUUUAUUGCGCUGCUCAGGGUCCUGCAGCAAUAUCCUUGCGCUCUCCCGAGGAAAGGCUGACACCAUAUCCAUCAGUAAAACUGAUCGUAGCCCUGAAGAGUUAUUGUAAGGAAGCGAGGCUUUAUUGCGCUGCUCAGGGUCCUGCAGGCCAACCAGGUGCACCGGGAGAGAAAGGAGACACAGGCGAUAAAGGUGACAAAGGGGAACAGCCAAAUGAGUCUGACAUUGCAAUGAACCUGGCCAGCAUGCAUCAGGCAAGGGGAGCCCCAGGCCCUAAAGGAGACAGAGGGGACCCAGGAUACUCUGGCCCUAAGGGACCUUCAGGGGACAGAGGGGUGCGAGGGCCCCCAGGACAGGACGGAAAGGAUGGUUACCCAGGCCCAAGGGGUGCCAAAGGAGAGAUGGGCCGGCAGGGUCUGUUAGGUUUUCCCGGCAUGAAAGGAAACCCAGGUCCGAUGGGCGAACGUGGUCUCAAGGGCUCAGUGGGACCCCCAGGUAUGCCCGGUCGCAAAGGACAGCCAGGAUAUUGUGAAGUCCAGUGUGCGAAGACUCGAAGAACUACUCAAUUACCGGAAGUGACCACACCCCCACCUACGUUCCCGCCGCGGACAGGAGAAUGUUCCAUUGAAAUCAUCGGAAAACCUGUAUUCCAGAGACAGUCCAGACUCCAGGUGGGGGCGUGGAUGCAAGACACGACUCCAUCAAGCUUCUCAGCUAACAAAAUCUGGGCAACAUUUGGCGUACAGGGUUCCCAGAUAGUCGAGUACAGCUCCAUAGGCGCGUUCAAAGCCAACAACACGAACAGGGUCAUUGACCUAUCUGGUGCACCAUAUUUCGGUACUGGUCACGUCGUCUACGGCGGUUUCUUCUACUACCAGUGGGCAAACUAUCCAAAGAUAGUUCGGUUUGAUCUUCAGGUCGGCCAGGCAACUUCAGUGAGAACUCUGGAAGAUGUGGUCUACCAACCCACAAAAGCACUAAAGUGGCAAGGAUACCUCUAUCAGACUGAAACAGCCUUUAUCGACUUCAAUGUAGACAGGAACGGACUUUGGAUCAUUUAUGGGAACAAGCGCACGGGCAAAAUGAUGGUAGCAUUGCUUCAACCAGAAAACCUCGACAUCAUUAACGCUGUGGAGAUUGAUCUUGAGGUCGGGUCAAAAGGUAAUGCGUUCAUUGCUUGUGGCAAAUUGUACACGAUCCGACAUCACAAGCGACAACGUUCGCAUCUCGACACUGUUCAUGAUCUAUGGCACAACACGACACAGAAGAUCCGUAUUAAUUUUGCCAACCCCUAUGGCCGCACAGUGAUGGUAACCUUUGAUCAUAACCAUAACAAAUUCCUAGUUUGGGAUUCAGGGAAUCAACUGACCGUUCCUCUGCUGCUAAAAUUCCAUUAAUGAAAGUCGAGAUAAAAACGUUUUUCCAGACCACAGUCACAAUCCUUAAGAUUUUUGCCGAUGAUUAAAGAAUACAUUAAUCUUGCAUCCCACGAAUAUACAACAAAAGUAAGAUCUGCCAGGGGCACCAGUACACUAACAACAUGAGAGAAAGCUUACUGGACAGCACGGCGCUCUAUGAUAGUUUUGUUGAGGAAGCAGAGUCAACGACGAGGAAUACAAUAUUCAGCUACAAUAUUUUUCAGGGCAUGUAUAAAGCCAUCAUCAUUCAGGGUUGCCGAGAAAAAAAUCCAUAACCAGUAGAAAUCAAUGUAGACUAUGAAUAUCAUAUAUCUGAGCACCGCAUCUUGCCAUUUGAAAAACAGUAUUAAUUAUGCUGUAGUGUCCGGUUUCAUAUGUCAACACAAGAUUGGUGUUUGUAGAAUAGUGGUAAAAACUAUGGACUGUUGACAGGGAGCCAGUACUUUAGUGUCAAUGAAAUCUCAAUUUCGACGUCAGUGCCGUGUUUUGGUCAUUCCAAAGCGCUUCUUAGACACGUCUUUGCUUUUGUCAUGCAGAUCUACAUAAUGUGUUGCAGUCAUGCUGUAAUUUUAAUCGACGCUACGCUUUUGAAUUGGCUGAGCAUUGAUAUAAACAGUAACUGCUCUAAAUUAUGAGUAUAAAACCGUGAACAACAAAACUAUCAAGAACAGUUUAGACAAAAUUUGGCAGGUUUCCAGGUUCUAUAUCAAUUUUUUUUUAAAUUAGGAAAUCUGUGUUCGUCUUUUAUAUUUUUGUGUUUUUCAGCAUUCCGAGCUCAAAGUUGGUAAAUACUCAUGAGAGAAUGUAUUCAGUGCUCAGUAGGCUUUCUCCAUAAUGUAUGCAUUUUGAUGAAUAAAAAUCUUUGGUCCUCUUUCUCCAUUAAACUUGUUCAAGCAUUUUAAAUACUUUCUUGGAUAUGCUUUUCGUUGUAAAAAUAUGGCCAAACUCCCUGAUUUAGAAAUGUUUACGUGGUUUACAUUGCUACGGCGAUUUCAUAUUUUCACGUCGGAAUGAGUCUGUUACACUUGUAAAAUUGAUAACCAGAGGAACCAAAAUACUGUUAUUCCUUUUUCUAAUAUUCACAUUUCGUAACACUAGCUGUUUCUAGAGGCAUGACUGUUUAACCUUAACAAACUCUAAACUGCAUGUCAUUUUCUUAUACAAGGACAUUCUGUCUAAUAAAAAUUAUAUUAAACGCCUCUGUCAAUACAUUUCCUUACUCAGAUAAAAGGUGCUUGGCGAUUCUUCUGCACCAUCAUCCGCAUUAAUAUUUUUCCCUGUCUUAUUGGUUGUAGUGUGUUUAGGGUCGGAUCUGUGCAAUCAUUUGUUUUCAUGGUGUUAUGUUCAUUCAAUGACACAUAGGGACUUAUUAUCACUUACUAACUAUCUUGUAUUGAAGCCUCUUUAAACACCAUAUAUGUUCUCCUUAUUCGUUUGUACAAUGACAUGACACAAAUUUGAGAUAAAGAUGUGCAAUUCUUUUCACUGUUUGUUAACGUUAAAAUAUUACUUGCAGUUUUAUGUGUUAAAUGAAGAGCUGAAUUGUAGUUGCGCUGGUUCGUUAUUGCGUGCUAGAGUAAACGAUAUUAAGCUGUGUAAGAUUUGAUUAUUGAGCUGCCGAGUGAUCGAGCGAUAGAAACAUAGGUGGAAAGAGGGGGAGAGUGAGACAU